AUGUCACAUGUUAAAUGGGAAGUCAUAGAGUUGAAACGAAAGUCAAGACCCACGGUCAAGCAGGUGUUCAGUGUACCUUGUCAUUUUUUUAGGAUAGUCGAGACAUACCAACAUCUCUCAUUGAACAGCAGUGCUUCAAUUUUUUUUAUCAAGUUCCAAGUAACAUCUGCGGCUUGGAAGAUGGAGCGGCCCAUUUUUUUUUUUUUGGGGUCACAGAGCUAUAAGCCAUUCUAUGGUGCACGAGUGUUUGUGGUUUUUUUAAGUGGAAAACGAAAACUGUUGAAGUUGGAUUUUCAACCAAUAUCCGGAAGAGUGGCGAGUAGGAAAGUGGAAUUCAUUACUCCUAAACGACAACGAAUAAACAGUGUGACUGUCAUGUUGGGUUGUCUUGGUUACGAAGGGUAUGUGACCUUCACUGAUCUUGCUGUAAAACCUCUUUUUUUUUUGUACAGCGAAAUACCGCGUUAUUAUUACCAUAUAGGUUAUUCCAAACUCUUAAAAAAUCACAGUAUCGACCCAAAUAAGCUCCUAGAGCCUUGUCCUGCACUAACCAAAAGACCAAGUGAGAAAACAGCAGACCUUCUCACGGAGACACUUUACUCAGCAUUCUCGCCUAAUGACUCAGACGCAAUCACGCUAGUGACUCAGCUAACAUUUAAUAGAGUUAAUAUUUUGAAGAGAAAUCUACGACUUUGGAAUGGUCCUAUUUCGGUAGCAAUCUAUGUACUCCUGGAAAACCUGGACGACCUUAAUAUCAAAAAGUAAGUUAAUUGACCAUUACGGCGACAUUUGGUCACGAGUUCAUACAUGUUUGGUUUCUAUGCUAAGAUAUUAAAUGCAAACAGUUCACCAUACCAUUAACCUUGACUAUUGUGCUCUAAUAGGCAGCACAGCAGUAAAACGAAAGAAAGAUUU